AAAAAAAAAAAAAAAAGGCAAACCAAACCCACACAAAACAUGUUGUGCGGAAGGACUUCCACUCCCUGACUGUGCUAUUAAUGUUAAUAAUCAGGAAAAGCCUUUGGGGGCUACAUGAUCUCUCGUCUGAAGCUUGCUGCUGCUGCUAAGGGUUUUGGUGCAGGGAAACAAAACUGCCUUUUCCGCCCGCUGAUUUCCUAACAUCUGCAUGUUUCUGCUGCCGCACUCCGUCUCACACCCUCUUCCCAUGGACUAAUUUUUUUGUUAUUGAGGGGUGGAAGGACAAGAAACCAGGGCAUUUCUUUGGGAGAAACAAAAUUGCAUUUAUUUGUUGCAUUCUGGUGGAUCUGUUCUGAGGUUAAUAUUUUUGGAAAGGAAAAACAUGACGUCGCCAGCUAAAUUCAAAAAGGAUAAGGAGAUCAUAGCUGAAUAUGACACUCAGGUCAAAGAGAUUCGCACCCAACUCAUUGAGCAGCUGAAAUGCCUCGACCAACAGUGCGAGCUUCGGGUCCAGCUACUUCAGGACUUGCAGGAUUUCUUCCGCAAGAAGGCGGAGAUCGAGAUGGAUUACUCAAGGAACUUGGAGAAGUUGGCUGAGAGAUUCCUGGCUAAAACAAGGAGCACCAAAGACCAGCAAUUCAAGAAGGAUCAGAAUGUCCUGUCUCCAGUCAACUGUUGGAAUCUCCUCUUAAACCAGGUGAAGCGAGAGAGCAGGGACCACACGACUCUGAGUGACAUCUACCUAAACAAUAUCAUCCCUCGGUUUGUCCAAGUCAGCGAAGACUCUGGGCGACUCUUCAAGAAGAGUAAAGAAGUUGGAUUGCAGCUCCAGGAAGACUUGAUGAAGGUCCUGAAUGAGCUAUACACGGUGAUGAAGACUUACCACAUGUACAAUGCAGACAGCAUCAGUGCUCAGAGCAAGCUGAAAGAGGCAGAAAAACAGGAAGAGAAACAGAUUGGGAAGUCGGUGAAGCAAGAGGACAAACAGACCCCACGCUCCCCUGACUCAACUUCCAACGUUAGGUUUGAAGAGAAACAUGUCCGACGGAGCUCAGUCAAGAAAAUAGAGAAAAUGAAGGAGAAGCGCCAAGCAAAAUAUACUGAAAAUAAACUGAAGGCCAUUAAGGCAAGAAAUGAGUAUCUGUUGGCUCUGGAAGCCACCAAUGCAUCUGUGUUCAAGUAUUACAUCCACGACCUGUCUGAUCUCAUUGAUCAGUGCUGUGAUCUGGGAUACCAUGCCAGCCUCAACAGAGCUCUCAGGACGUUCCUGUCUGCAGAGCUGAACCUGGAACAGUCCAAACACGAGGGCCUGGAUGCCAUUGAGAAUGCAGUGGAGAACUUGGAUGCCAACAGUGACAAGCAGCGCCUCAUGGAGAUGUACAACAACGUCUUCUGCCCGCCCAUGAAGUUUGAGUUUCAGCCCCACAUGGGUGACAUGGUGUCACAACUGUGUGCCCAGCAGCCAGUCCAGAGUGAGUUGGUGCAGAGAUGCCAGCAGCUGCAGUCUAGAUUAUCUACGCUCAAGAUUGAAAACGAAGAGGUUAAGAAAACUAUGGAAGCCACACUGCAGACUAUCCAAGACAUAGUCACAAUUGAGGACUUUGAUGUCUCUGACUGCUUCCAGUACAGCAACUCCAUGGAAUCCGUCAAAUCCACAGUCUCUGAAACUUUCAUGAGCAAGCCAAGCAUUGCCAAGAGACGGGCCAAUCAGCAGGAGACGGAGCAGUUCUACUUCACGAAAAUGAAGGAGUACCUGGAAGGCAGGAACCUGAUCACUAAGCUCCAGGCCAAGCAUGACCUUCUUCAGAAGACACUGGGAGAAAGUCAAAGGACUGAUUGCUCCCUUGCCAGUGGCAGACGCAGCUCUACUAUAAGGAAGCAGGACUCCAGCCAAGCCAUUCCCCUUGUGGUGGAGAGCUGCAUACGAUUCAUUAGCAGACAUGGACUGCAGCAUGAAGGCAUAUUCAGAGUGUCUGGAUCGCAGGUUGAGGUGAAUGAUAUCAAAAACGCAUUUGAGAGAGGGGAGGAUCCACUGGCUGGAGACCAAAAUGACCAUGAUAUGGACUCAAUAGCGGGAGUUCUGAAACUCUAUUUCCGAGGGCUGGAGCACCCUCUGUUUCCGAAGGAAAUCUUUCAUGAUCUGAUUGCCUGUGUCACAAUGGAUAACUUACAAGAAAGAGCACUACACAUCCGGAAGGUCCUUCUGAGCUUGCCUAAAACCACUCUGAUUGUAAUGAGAUACCUCUUUGCAUUCCUCAGUCAUUUAUCUCAGUUCAGUGAAGAGAACAUGAUGGAUCCCUACAACUUGGCCAUCUGCUUCGGGCCCACGCUGAUGUCUGUGCCUGAAGGCCACGAUCAGGUCUCCUGCCAGGCUCAUGUCAAUGAGCUGAUCAAAACCAUCAUCAUCCAACAUGAGAACAUCUUCCCAGGACCGAGAGAACUGGAAGGCCCAGUCUACAGCAGGGGUGGAAACACUGAGGAUUACUGUGAAAGUCCUCAUGGAGAAACAGCCUCAGCAGAAGAUUCAGUUCAGGAUAUAGCAGCCGAGCAUCAUACCAGUGAUGAUGAGUGUGAGCCGAUAGAAGCAAUAGCAAAGUUUGACUACAUUGGCCGAACUGCACGAGAGCUGUCCUUUAAAAAAGGGGCUUCUCUCCUCCUGUAUCAGCGGGCCUCAGAUGAUUGGUGGGAGGGACGGCACAAUGGCGUCGACGGUCUUAUCCCUCAUCAGUACAUUGUUGUUCAAGACACUGAGGAUGGUUCCUCUGAAAGAUCCAGCCCCAAGUCCGAAAUAGAAAUCAAUUCUGAGCCACCAGAAGAAAAAGUGACAGCCAGAGCCGGUGCCAAUUGUCCAAGUGGGGGUCACGUCGCUGAUAUUUAUCUUGCAAACAUCAACAAGCAAAGAAAGAGACCAGAGUCAGGCAGCAUCAGAAGAGCGUUCCGUCAAAGCGACAGCCACGGACUGGCUAGUUCACUGGUAGAACCAGCCUCCCCAGGAGCCACAGCUAGCUCUAGACCCUCAUCUCAGCCCAUUAUGAGCCAGAGUCUCCCCAAGGAGGUACCAGAUAAAUGCUCCAUCAGCGGCCACGGCAGCCUCAAUUCUAUCAGCCGGCACUCAUCUCUGAAGAACAGGAUAGACAGCCCACAGAUCCGUAAAACUGUGACUGCAGGCAGGUCAAAGAGUUUCAAUAACCAUCGGCCCAUGGAUCCUGAGGUCAUUGCGCAGGACAUUGAAGCUACCAUGAACACUGCUCUGAAUGAACUGCGGGAGUUGGAAAGGCAAAGCAGCGUAAAGCACACACCAGAUGUUGUCCUCGACACCCUGGAGCCUUUGAAAACCUCCCCUGUUGUGGCACCCAACUCAGAACCUUCCAGCCCUCUGCAUACCCAGAUUCUUAAGGACUCCGAACCAGCAUUCCAGCGGAGCGCCAGCACUGCUGGUGACAUCCCAUGCGCCUUCAGGCCAGUGAAGUCAGUCAAAAUGGCUGCCCAGGUUAAACCUCCAGCAACAAGGCCGAAGCCUGCAGUUUUCCCCAAAACAAAUGCCACAAGCCCUGGUGUUGCUUCUUCCGCAUCUCAACAGCCUACUGACAAGUCCUGUACUGUCUGA